AUGGGGAUGAUACCGAAAGGCACUGAGUACAUUAAAACGGUUCCUUUUUUCUUGAAGAUAGCAGAAUUUGUUAUACUGUUGGUUGCGAUUGGUACCCUGGGAAGAUUUUUGGUCAAAAUAGGCCUUACGUCAGAAAAAAGUCGAUUAGAUUUUUUAAUGUUUGCCGUUGUCGUUUUAUGGAUUGUUGUCGUUAUAAUGGCCGUUCUCUUUGUUAGUGGAUUACAUGAAAAAAUUAGCAUCAUUAACUGGCCUUUGACGGUGUUUAUCAGCUGUUUGACAUGGUCUGUAAUGCUGUUCAUAGCUGGUUGUCUCCUAGCUGAUACUGUUCGCAAGUUUAAUAAUAUUGCGUUCUCUUCUAUUUCAUCUUGUGAUAUCCUGGACAAAGAAAACCUUGGUGCAACAUGUGGUCAUCUUAUUGGUGCUACGGUUUGCUGUUUCAUUGCAAGCAUUCUUUUUGCAGUUGAUGCUUUCUUUAACUUCCGUAUACUACAAGGUCAACGUGACACAUCUUCGGCUACAGCCUCUGCACCUGAAAAGACUUCCACAUAGGGCGGUCAAACUUUCUUUUUUACCAGCGGUUUACUUGAAUGUUUGAACGGUUCUUUUUGACAGCCGAUUGAACUUUUGCCAUAUUUUCUUCGACAAUUAAAGCUUCGUUUAUUAUCAUAGAUACAAACUGAUUAUAUAUAAGGUGUCAUUUUCAUUUUCAAUUGUUUCACUUUUAUGUAACAGUAGUUUUAGCAUGCUUUUUUACUCAAAUAAAACGUGAACAUUA